ACUCACCUCACUUGAUCCUCGACCUUCUGAGUAGCCAGACGUUUAAAAAAAAUUAAAAAUGAAAGUGUUGUGCAUCGUCCUGAUUGUUGCUGUGGUCGGGUGCUUUGCUGCGCCUGGGUCUGGAGAAGACAAGGUUGAACUGUUCUCGGGCGUUGCAAUUGAAAAGGAUGCGUCUGGAGAAGAAAAAUUAAACGUCAAAUUUGAGCCUGGCGAGUUGAAGGAAGCGGCUAGGACUUUUGAAGAAGCUCGAGGCAAAAUCAAGAAGUACACGCCCCUCCUCGCAGGCAUCGGCGUGAAGGUGAUCGCCGUAGUGGGUCUCCUCUUCGGCGGUCUCACGCUGCUGGUCACCAAGGCUCUGGUGGUAGCCAAGCUGGCUUUCUUGGCUGUGGCGGCGCUGGGCAUCCAGAAACUUUGGAGCGGUGGCAGCUUGAACAAUAUUAGUGGAAAGCUCACUGGCUUCCAGUCCGCAUCUCCGCAAUGGAACUCCCCCACGGCACCCGCUUCAUCCUACCCCUACGCCAGAUCUUCCAGCAUUGCUCAAGACGCCAACGACUUGGCCUACAAGGCACAGAUACCCUCCUAAAGUUCUUUACAAUGUUGUUAAUUACUUCAAAAUAGAGAGGUGAAUAGACUUCUUUUACGCUAAGUUUGUAGCUCAGUGCUCCACCAAGUAAGGCGCUGCAAUACAUUCUCACUAUCUAGUUGCUGUAAACUUAACCGCUUCACAGGAACGCAGCUAUAUGUUAGGCACGGUAGAGAUAUCUGCAUCUCACUUCCACGUGUUGCUGCUUCCUUGUCGCCAGUUACUAAAAUAAAUGGUAUGUGAAGCGUUUUAGCGUUGAAGGACCAUCUAUGAGAAAGUUUUAAAUGUUAAAAAUGUAAGGAACCUUUUCAUUGUAAAGUCAAACGUAUUUAUAGUCGAAAUGGUGCGUCCAUACUGAACCAUUAAUCAAUCGCUGUCAGUUGAUUGCUGCGUUGAUUAUUCUACGGCCCAGUGUGGACGUACUGAAAAGAAAUAAACAUGUUCAGACCUGCAGAGUCUACAAUGUUUAAUGUCAUUUUAAAACAUGUUACAUAUUUCUUGUAUGUUUAAUAAGCUUUAAAUUUUAUUAUAAAUUACAUUAUUUACAAAGCUGAAUUUAUGGUGCAUUGUUAUUACAAAUUGUCUAAUGUUAUUUAAAGUAUAUUUACGUUAAGUUUGAAAACUAGAAAAGUUUCUGUACAAAUAUCAAGUUUGGAAAGUACAGGGUAUGAGCCAGUUUGGUAAAAUAGUACAUUGUGUAACGAGGGGGGGUAAGUGAAAUUUUGGAUACGAGGGUGGUAAUUGCCGACAACCGUAGGCUGGAGGGAAUUAAAGACCCGAGUUUGCAAUAUUCUUACCCCCGGAGUUACUCGCAAUGUUUUUCAUCACACUUGCGAAGAAAAAACUAAAUUUUAAACGAAAUAAUUCUUGAAUACGGUGACAUAUCAAACAUUCGUCCGCCAUUUUGUAAUUUCAUGACAGGUUAGCAUCGAAGGCACAGACCUAUUCGGCAUUCAGUCAUGAUUGAAAAUUAUGUAAAAAUAUUUUAAACGGCUGUUAAAUUAAUAUUUAUUUUUAUAUUUAAACAUAAGCAAAAAUAUUAUAUUAUAAUCGUCAGUAUUUUAAAAGUAAAACUCAUUUAUGCUACUUUGUUUGUAUGAAUAAGUGACAUUAUUAAAAUAAAGCUAUAACUCCCUAGGGAUUAAUAGCUUUUUUCUCACAAUCCAUAACUCCCGCGGGAACAAAAUACGCCUUUGUCCUUCAGUACACCUACAUGAAAUAAGAUCUUUUUCGACUAAGUGUGAUGAAAAAUAGUUUAAUAAAAUAUUAAAAUAUUUGAAUGAGGAAAAGUAAAUACGGACAUUGACUCCGAGUUAAUAUUUAGUUUAAGAAUAUAAUUACGGGUUUUUUGUGUCAUUAAAAAGCCAAACUAUUAGAUAUUCUGAAAUAAGACUGUAUUAUUAGUUGUAUUUUGAGAGUUAAAUAAAUAAAGCAAUAUUAUAUAU